ACUAGUAGGCGUCGCCCAAAUUUUACGAUCACUUUUCAUCGGGAAAGUGACGUUUGGUUGAGAACGCAAAUUUUCGAAGGACCACAACAGAGCAAUCUUCAGGUGAAAACAUGAAGAAUGCCAAUUGCGGCCACUGCUGGUAGUAGACGGAGGAAAGCGAAUUUCUCGGUACUGGUAUUUUAUUUCUGUACAAUUUUGCUGCUGUUGCCGCUGUCGUUACUGGUCGAGAUGCUGGGAUUUGUGAAAGGUGUAAAUGGUGAUGGCAGUGCUCUGGCAAAUGCUAGUAGUCGUUCGGGAACGGUUCUCAACAAUCGGUACCGUCCUGGUGCGAAGUGCUUCGAUCCGAACGACCCCAACCUGCUGGAGGCGCAGAAUAUUUUCCAGGAUAUGUUGCCCUAUCGAACGAAAAACUUUGAACCCUUAACCGACGAUAUGGUGCGAAGUUUGCUGCUCUAUUUAUCGUCUACCGCAAAAACGGUGGACCAACAGCUUGGAGAAGACAAACUUCUGAUAGCAGCGUGGUAUGAUGCAGCCGGAAAUUAUUUGCACAGUUACCUGAUUCCGAUUUCCAAAUACUGUUUCUACGCGGGAAACAUCAGUUACUACUCGGUCAGAUCAAUCCUCGAUUAUUACAGAAAAAUCAAGCGAAUUCUUGACACAGAUGGAACCGGUUGGUCCCGUCCCCUAACCAUUGGAUCUGACCUAAAGUAUUUCGUUCGGCCCAUGAGCGCUAACGUGGCGACCGUCAAAUGCGAAGAACUUUCCUCCGGCAGCAGUUCGGAAAUCAUCCUACCGCGGACGGAGCUUGACGACGAAUCCAGAGCACUCAUUUCGAUUUGGUUACCUUUCAAAACGCGACAAACGUACGACCCUCGCUCGAAAUCAUCUUUAUCAAUCCUCAGACUCUACUACGAAACAAUAACCUUCUGCGUUCCUCAAAAAACAAGAACGAAAAACGCUUUUUCGAAACGUUUCAAUCGAUGGAUAGACGACAAUAUCGGGCCACACGUUUUCGAUAACGACUUCUAUCCGGGUCUAGAAUCGAUUCUUUCGAUUAAAAAAUCCCUCCAAAAGUUCACCAGUACUCGGAUCGAGAAGAAAUCUACGACCCAUCAGGAAUUGGACCCAGGCUGGACGACCAUCAUCGAUGGACUGUUUCACACAAAACAAGCCGACCAAGAUUACGAAGAAUAUUACGAUGAUGACGAGGAUGGAUCGGUUGGAUCCCGAAAAUCCGCCAUUAAAAUUGUCAUCGUCUGCGUGGGAGUGGCACUGAUUGGGCUGGUUUUGUUGGUUGUCAUUUACAAGCUGUGGAAAAAUCGGAAAACUGCCCACAGGAAAGGGCAGAUGACUUCUCGAUUUAAGUCUUGGAAGGAGCACGAUCGGUUCGGACGGCGCCGGAAGGAUCGACGGAGGGCCGAUGAAGAGGAGUUGCUGCUGCAAGGGGACAAACAGGUCGGGAGGCCGAAUCCGUCGGAAAGUAGCGAGACAACUUGGAGGUACGCUCGGCCACCGAUAAGCUUCGAAAGACCCAAACGGCACCGGCUGGCAGCGCUACCUACUACCGAUGAUGACGACGACGACGAAGAGGACCUCUUUCCGCAACCAAAACCGGCGGCAAACAAACGAAUCCCGGAGAAGCCGGCUUCCCUGGAGAGAAUCGAAGCUGGCAAAUCGAAACCGAAGAAACGCUGCUGCCGGGGAUGUCUCUGCGGAAACUGUCUGCAGAAGCAAAGUACGGAUGAGCUGCGCUCACCUUCGGUAUAUCAGCUUGCGAACGAGAAACCUUCACCGGCGGUGACGUCGAAAAAAGCUUCCGGAUAGCACCGGAUCGUCGAAGUCGAUCGGAUCGAAGCAACAGACGAGAGUCGGAUCGCGAAUCGAAUUCGAGCUUGCUUCCGACAUGUUCUGUAUAAGAGUGCAGGUGAUGAGGAUUCCGAAUGAUGACAAGCCAGCAAGUGCAAAACAGAAAGCUUCGUCGAACGUUGAAGAAGGAACAAACAGAAUCGAAACGAAAGAAAACUUAAUCGUUCUAGGGAUAUAAUUUGCGUUUGAUACACAAAUAAGCACAAUGCGCAUGAAUUUUUAUCUUGUUAUUUGUUUUAUCUUUGCU